GGCUGCCACAUCAUCGCAUUAACACACGACAUCAUGGCCGACUUCAUUGGUAUGACCAUCAGUGUCACCCUGCAGCAACCUCCCGGCGCCGUCUUGAUAGGCCGAGUCGCGCACGUAAUUGCUGGUCAGACGCUGGCACUGGAACACGUCUUCUUCCCGCAUUCUGGCAACCAUGUGCCCUCCUAUAAUGUACCCGCCAACCUGAUUCUGGACCUGCACGUCGUCGAGACCAACUUCGAGGCCAGCUCCAAGCCUCACACUCCUGCCGCGAACAUCUCUGCCUCCCGUGGUUCCUCUCAAUUCCCUCCUCCUGCCCCUGCUCACGAGGCGCGCAUCGAGAGUCCUCUGGCCAAGAAGACUCCCUCCUUCGUCGACCCAGCCAUCCUCAGCUUCUCAAAGUCCCCUGCUCCUGCUGCUCGUAUCCAACCCCCACCUCUUCCGCAGCAACCUUCCGCGCCUGUCACACCCAGCAAGAAAGCUCUGUCGGCUGCCACUGCUGCUAUCCCGCCCACCGUCACCUCUCCAUUCGUCGCCCAUGCCGCAGAGCCAUCUACACUCCAGGAACAAGAAUACGCCGAUGACAAUCCCACUCAAUCGGGCAAAAAGACGAGACGCGGAAGAAGAGGUCCGAGACCAACACAGAUCCCCCUGGCUGCUGCCACCGAAGCACAGACAGUCAAGGAAACCCUCUCUCCCAAUGUGUCGCGUAACGGAAACGACAUGACUGUCACUCCCAGUACCAACAAGAAGGGUUGGCGAUCGACUCCCCUGCUCAAGGAACCCACAUCAGCUGCCUCUGCAUCCUCGAAGACCAAGAAGAAGUCGAAGCGCACCCUGAAUGGACUCGGAGAUCAGAAUGGCUGGGCCACCGAGGAAGCUACCGACAUUCAUGAUAUGGGCGACUUUGACUUCGAAGCCAAUCUGUCCAAGUUCGAUAAGAGAACCGUCUUUGACCAGAUCCGUAACGAGGACACGACCGCAGACGAGGACAGACUGGUUUCGCACAACAGACUUGCAAGACCUGGCACAUAUGGAGGCAAGAACCUGCAUCCGACAGAGAAUGUGCUAUCUCCGACUCUGAAGCCCAAACAUCACGCGAGCGAUCUCGAGUCUUCAUCCGACGCAGACACGGAACUCAACUUUGGCAGCGGUCCCAACUCGAGACGUGCUCCUUCGCGCACAUCGAACAAGCGCCCCUCGCGCAUGAGCACAAGUGGUCUGCCCGAAGACAUCCUCCACCCUCUUGCUACAUCACUUGCUUCGACUGCUCUCAAUCGAUCUAUGAGUUCAUUGAGAGGUUCCUCGGUCGUCGCAUCCUCUCCUAACCCCAACCGAGCUCGCUCUCCUCCCUCUAUCCAAUCUCCUCUCCACUCUCUCGAUCAGCUCAGCCUCGCACAACAAGCAGCUGCAGCCCCUCGUCCUCACUUCAAGACACCAAAGUCCAAAUACCCCUGCUCCUUGUACCACCCCGACCGCCUACGACAAGCCGAAGCCGAUGCAAUUUCGAACAUCGGCAUCAGCGCCGAUGCCAUCACUGAAAAUGCCGCUCGUGGAAUCGCAGAAAGCGUUAUAACCUCCACAUUAAAACCAGGCGCAUCACGUCGCAACUCCAAGAUCGCUUCCAACCUCCCCAACUCGAACUCAAAACCCGUAGUCGUAAUUCUCGCAGGCAACCACGUUACCGGCGCCCGCGCUAUCGCCAGCGCACGCCAUCUUUAUUCCCGCGGCUUCAAAGUCCUCAUCUCCGUCCUCGAUUUCAGCAACCCCAGCGUAUGGCAUCCCCAACUCGCCAAACAUAUCCACUCUCUCCAAAUGCUGGGCAGAAAAGCAGCACGUAUAGAAGGCUGGCGAAGCACCUCUGGCCAAAUCAAGAAACUCGAAGGCCCUCCCGUCAUCAUCGUCGACGCGCUUCUAGAUGGCCAGCGUCACGCCGACAUUCGUGACGAAGAUCUCCGCACCGAAGCCCGCGAAAUGAUCGAUUGGGCGAAUCGCUCAAGAGCUGGUGUUGUGUCUAUCAACAUACCCUCUGGCUUUGAUGCAGUGGAUGGAAGUUCUAGUGUCGUAGAUGGAGAGCCACUUGCUAUUAGGCCUGAAGCUGUGCUUUCUCUCGGCGUACCGAUAUUAGGAUUGUUGGAAGCGAUCAGAGAGGGUGAAGGUUCUGCUUGGGUUCUGACGGCUGUAGACACCGGUGUUAAUGUUGUACUCAGUGAUAGGGAAAAAGUGCAAUUCGGAGCUGAUUGGAGUGUCAGUUUCAGGUUUGUGUCUGGUGAGGUACAAACCUAAAAGGCCCCUAUCAGUCCUAUUGUCAUUGUUUGUUUUAUCGCUCUUGUGGUUGCGUUUGUAUAAAAGGGUGGUUUUGCUGGGUUCAAUGGCGUUUGUAAUUCUGGUCCGAACGACCAAGGUGGCAAGGUAAAGAAAGAGAAAAGUUGCAUGCAAAGAAGUAAAAGCGGGAAAGCGAUGGUUGCUAAUGGUUUCGUUUAUGCGGAUUCCCCUGGUGCUCUCAAGGAGGGAAGGAAGGUCUUUUCUGUUUUCCAUCAUGCUCAAGAAAA